AUGGCGGUUCUUCUUCGGCGCUUCCGCACGUGUUGUGAUAAAUUUGACGAAAUCUUCGGCCAGUUCCCCUUAAUUAACAUUCAGCGAUCCCCUAUCCGCCAACAAAGCUACGGUACAAAUUUUAUAAGUAGAACAUGUGCCAUUAACCAACUAGCUAAAAAAUAUGACAAUAAUCUUUCUACACUGGGGCAUAGUACCACCAACGACCGCCUUCGUUUGUUGUUGCAUCAGAAAAACCAGCAUGGAGAAAGAUGGUGCUCCCCGAACGGAGGACACAAAGGUCAACCCAAUCCGGUGCGCCCUAAAUGGACUUAUUUGCCCUUCUCAUCUACUAGAAGACUUCACAUGAAUAAGACUCUCUUACGAAAUUCGUCUCUUCUUAAGAGAGAACUUAGUAAACAUCGUGUCUACACCAGCAUACCAACGAGCCUGGUUAGUACACAGAACAUAAGUACAUAUAACCUUUUAUGUAAUAGAUUAACAAACUCUUCUUUGAAUUUUGAUUAUAAAUGCCGUUUUUUCUCAACUUCGUCAUCUGGAGAUGACGAUGAUAAAAGUAGUAAAGAAGAAACUGCUCUGUCGACAGAAACAUCAGGCGAUACCUUCCCCAAUCUUGGCCAGUCAGGUUUGGGCAUGGCACUAACUGCCCUCUCUGUUCCUGAGGUGUUUCCCAAAGUGCCUGUUAUUGCCGUUCCACGAAACCCCGUUUUUCCAAGGUUCGUCAAAAUGAUUGAGAUUACAAACAAGGAUUUAAUAGAUUUAAUCCGUAGAAAAGUGAAGCUGAACCUUCCUUAUGCUGGAGUCUUUCUUAAAAAAGAUGACAGUCAUGACACAGAAGUGGUCAGAUCAUUGGAUGACAUUUACCGUGUUGGAACCUUUGUUCAAAUCACAGAGAUGCAAGACCUUGGAGACAAGUUGCGGAUGAUUCUUAUGGCGCAUCGCAGAAUUAAAAUCAAUAAUAUUUUUAUUGAAUCUGAAGAGAAUGAGACUUCAGAAGAUGUACGAUGCAUUUAUCUUUUUCUUGUUUUUCUCUUUCCUUCUCGUUUUUUCCUUUCUUUUUCCUCUCGUUUUUUUCCUUUCUUUUUUUCGUUUUUUUUUUCUUUUUUUCGUUUUUUUUCCUUUCUUUUUUCGUUUUUUCCUCUCUUUUUUUUUUCCUUUCUUUUUCUUUUCGUUUUUUCCUUUUUUUCCUUUUUUUUUUCCUUUCUCCUCUUUUUUUCCUUUCUUUUUUCCUUUUUUUCCUUUCUUUUUUCGUUUUUUCCUUUUUUUCCUCUCGUUUUUUUCCUUUCUUUUUCCUCUCGUUUUUUUCCUUUCUUUUUCCUCUCGUUUUUUUCCUUUCUUUUUCCUCUCGUUUUUUUCCUUUCUUUUUCCUCUCGUUUUUUUCCUUUCUUUUUCCUCUCGUUUUUUUCCUUUUUUUUCCGUUUUUUUCUUUUUUCCUCUCGUUUUUUCCUUUCUUUUUUCCUCGUUUUUUCCUUUCUUUUUUCGUUUUUUUUUCUUUUUCCUCUCGUUUUUUUUUUUCUUUUCCUUUUUCCUCUCGUUUUUUUUUCCUUUUUUUCCUCUCGUUUUUUUUUUUUUCCUCUCGUUUUUUCCUUUUUUUUCGUUUUUUCCUUUCUUUUUCCUCUCGUUUUUUUCCUUUCUUUUUCCUCUCGUUUUUUUCCUUUCUUUUUCCUCUCGUUUUUUUCCCUCUCUUUUUCCUCUCGUUUUUUUCCCUCUCUUUUCCCUCUCGUUUUUUUCCCCCUUUCUCUCAUUUUUUCUCUUUUCCUCGUUUUUUUUUUUUCCUCUCUUUUUUUCCCUCUCGUUUUUCCCGUUUUUUCUCGUUUCCCUCUCGCUUUUUUUUCGUUUCCCCUCUCGUUUUUUUUUUUUUCCUCUCGUAUUUUCCCCCUCAUUAUUUCCCCUCUCGUAUUUUUCCCCUCUCGUAUUUUUCCCCUCUCCCCUUUUACACAAUAA